AGGCUACUUCAACUCGAAUGAAUGGUCUUUCAAAAGAGAUAACAUUGCCGACAUGAUAAACAAGGUGAAAACCUUUGAAGAUGGAAAUCUUGUUAAACUGGACUUGCAGGAUAUGGAUUGGAAGAAAUAUUUAGCAAAUUACUUGGCGGGAAUUAAGAUAUUUGUUCUGAAGGAAGAUUCUCAAUCUAUAAAUACAGCAGCGCAACGGUUAUCGAUAUUCUACUGGAUACGUCAGAUAACUAAAGGAUUCGGUAUAAUCAUUUUAUUUCUGAUAAUAUCGGUAACAAUAUUGCUAUGCACCGACUACUUCAAUGUUAUGUUUCCCGCUUGAAUCAAGAACAACGUAUAUGGAACAUUAUGGAAAAGGGCCUUGGAAUAGGAACAUGUCGCUACAUAUAAAGGGUAUCCGGCAGAGUUAUAUAUUAUAUACUAUAUAGUAUAUAUGUGAUAUGCUCUUCGAAUAAAAACUGUGGAUAAAUGAAGUUAUUUGUCGAUAUUGUGAAUAAUAUAUAUAUAAUGC